CCUGAGAUAAGCCGGAGAGAUAAGAGCGCAGGAAACCACUUCCCACGCUGCGCCGUCAGGAAACAGCCUGGGCAGAUUGUUGAUAAUCGCCAUAAGCAAUCCGACGCGAAAGGAGCUGUAUUUUGCUCAUCAGCCAUGGCAGAUCGACGAUGGAUGGCCUCAUGUUUAUGGCUGUCAUUAAUCGUGACAUGUGGAUCACUGCAACAAAUCCUCGCUUCUGAGUCUGAGCCCGAGAUCGUGUCAGGCAAGCCAGCGAGAAGGGUUUGUUACUACCAGGCAGCCACCGUCCACCGCCCUGGGGGAGCCAGCUACAGGAUCGAGGACAUCCCAGGUGACCUCUGUUCUCACAUCAUCUACGCUUUCGCUGACCUCUCUAACAUCACGUGGGAGGUCAUGCCUUCGCUACCAAGUAUAAUUAUAGACCAUCCCAGAUCUCCACAAACGCAAUCAUCCCAAUCAUUUCUUCUCCAUAAGUUCGACAUUGAUGCAGGCGGUUAUGAAAGGUUUGUCGGGUUGAAGGAGAGCUACCCAGGCCUCACGGCGACCCUCGGCGUGGGCGGCGGGGGCGCUGGGGUCGCUGGGAUCUUCUCGCAGAUGGCCAGCGUCAAGGAGCGGAGAGACGUUUUCGUCGGGAGCGUUAUAGAUCUUGUAAAGACGUAUAAGUUCGAUGGUGUUGAUGUAGACUGGGAGUAUCCCGAUACCCCCGAUGACAAAGAAAACUUUCGGUUACUGAUGGACGAAUUACGGGCGGCCCUGGAUGCGGAGAGCCAAGGCCUGGAGCUGACCAUGGCAGUUCCUAUCGUGAGAUACAGAUUGCAAGAUGGAUAUAGCGUCCCAGAACUGUGCAGAGCAGUCGAUGCAGUGCACCUUAUGGGCUACGAUCUACGAGGAGUGUGGAAUGACUUCGCCGACGUGCAUUCAAUGCUCUAUCGAAGACCUGACCUUGACUUUGGUAUUCUCGAGGAAAUAAACUUGAGUGACGGUUCACUUCUCUGGGAGGAAUUUGGAUGCCCACGAGACAAGCUGGUGCUAGGAGUGCCCUUCUAUGGACGAAGCUUCACACUAUCUGAUCCUUCUCAACAUGGACUCCAUGCCCCGAUCACUGGAACUGGGAAUCCAGGUCCUAUAUUAGGAGAUCCUACUGUACUGGUAUACUUUGAGAUCUGUACAACCUUGAUGAAUGACCCUGAGUGGACAAGAGAAUGGGAUAAUGAAGGUUUAGUUCCUUAUAUGUACAAAGGAGACCAGUGGAUUGGGUACGAAGACCCCGAGAGCCUAAAGAUCAAAGUGGACUAUAUUCGAGAUAAUGGCUACCUUGGGGCUAUGAACUGGGCUAUUGACGAUGACGAUUUCAAAAACUGGUGUGGCUUAGGGAUCAACCCUAUGAUGACAACGAUAUAUGAAGGUUUGAAAAACUACACUGUACCAAGAAGCAACUCAAAGCAGUCACUACUCUUUGAUGCAUCAUUCCUCUACAUCCUGAUGGCCUUAAUCUGUGUAUAUUUUAACUUUAAGAUUUGUUACUAACGUUCCAUACAGAGUUUUGAUUGCAAAUGUAUGAUCAUUAAUUUUAGUUAUAUAAAAUCAUAAAGCAUAUUGAUUAUACUUUCAACGAUUAAUAAACAUUUUGUGUGACGUGCAAAA